AUGAGGGAGACCCGGAUAGUCAGAAUCACCGCUAUAUUCGUUGCGAUAUCCCUCAUAUGGCUGAUCUACCGCACGUACCAACCUCUCCAUGCCCUGGAAGACACUGCGGUUCCAGGUCUCACGAACUCAAACUCUCCCAUCACAGAGUCCUCCACAUCAUGUCCACCGCUGCCCGGAUCGAGCGAUGUCCUGGUCGUCAUCAAAACGGGAGCUACAGAGGCUUCCGUCCGCAUCCCACCUAUUCUCUCGAGUUUUGGUGUGUGCAUUCCAAACGUUAUGAUCUUCUCCGAUCUCGACCAGCAGAUCGAAAGCCACAGGAUACACGAUGCUCUAAAAUCAGUCUCAACUGAGUACAGAGAGAACAGCUCCGAAUUCGAAUUCUACCGCAGCGUCCACAAGGCAUACUAUGCCCAGGUGAAUGUCACCGCUUUUGGACAACUAGAUCGCAACGCCGGCAAAGCCUGGACCUUGGAUAAGUGGAAGAAUAUCCCAAUUCUACACGAAGCAUAUCAAAAAUACCCCAAUGUCAAAUGGUAUGUCUUCAUUGACGCAGAUACCUUCCUUGCGUUUCACAAUGUCGUGCAAACCCUGGACAAGCUCAACCAUACUCUGCCUCUUUAUAUUGGUGCAGCGAAUAACUAUGACGGAGAACUCACUUUUGCGCAUGGCGGGUCUGGCUACAUCAUCAGCGCCGGCGCAGCUGCUGCCUUCGAGAGAAUCUAUGAUCGCGAGCACAUCGAUAAGUGGGAGGCAGAGACGGCCAUCACUUGCUGCGGAGAUGUCAUGUUAGGCAUGGCGAUGAGAGACGCCGGGAUCAAGCUACGGAAUGCGGCACCAUUGGUACAGUUCGCGACCAUUCCCGAGAUCAGCUGGAGCAGCCGUACUUGGUGUGAGCCAAGCUGGACGUGGCAUCAUGUCGAGCCGUGGGCGAUGAAGGAGCUAUUCGACUUUGAUCGGAGGUGGCACCAAGAGAAUCAAGGAUUCUAUCGAUUCAAGCAUUUAUUCCUGAAAUUUGUUAAACCCAGUAUUGCCGACACAAAGACUAAUUGGGACAAUCUGUCAACGGAUCGAGUAUUCAAAAUUGACACCGAAAACCAGACCCCAGAAGAGCAGAAGGCUGUCACGCUAUCUCCCUCCCAGUGUCAAGCAGCCUGUCUAGAAGAUCAAGGGUGCGUCCAGUGGGUAUGGAAGACAGAUCUUAGUUGUGGCCACAACUGGUCUUUGAGGCUAGGCCACCCGGUGCAGAGCGAGUCGGAACCAGGAUUCCAAACUGUGAGCGGGUGGAUAUUGCAUCGGACAGAGGCUUUGGAAGAGGAGUGGAAUCGGAGACCAUGUCGCAGUCGGUGGAAUGCAUAA